AUGCAAAACAACUCAACAAUGGUAGAUAAACGAUUAUCGUUUUCAUCAUCACCAUCAUUGAAUUCAAUAAUACCAAUAGGUAACGCCAAUAAUCACCACCAUCAUCGAAAUAAUCACUACUUUUUUGGGAGUAAUUUACAAGGACAAUUGGGAUCAUGUGCCAAUCAUCGAUUAUCAAAUAAUAAUGGAUCGAAUUAUUCGAGUUUACUUGUUGAUGAUUUGAUUAAAACAUUACCAAUUACACAAAUUGCUUGCGGAUCACACCAUACAGUAAUAUUGACAGAGAGGAAUGAUUUGUAUGUAAGCGGAAGAAAUGUCAAUCAUCAAUUGGGAAUACCAAAUGAUAUUGAUGAGUCGAUUGAAGUUGUUUCACCAAAUUCUGGACAAUCCAUAGUUUCAAAUUCAUAUAUUCGAGAUUUUAAAAGAGUAUCCUUCGGAAAGAAGAUUAAAAAGAUUGCUUGUUCGAGUGAUCAGACAUUUCUAGUCACAAGGGAUGAUGAAAUUUAUUAUUGUGGAGGAAGUCAACCUGUAAGGGAUCCGUUUGCUGUAAAUACUUGUCAAGAAAUUUCAAUGAUUAAUCCUUUGAAAUCUUGGAAUGAUCUUAAUCAGAAAGUUGACAUUUUUGUAACGAGUUGCUUUACUAGCUGUUUUGUACUUGUAUCGAGAGAAGGUAAUAUUUAUGUGAGUGGAUCACAGAAUGCAUUCAAUUCUGGAAUGUUGGGUGUUGGAAAUGUUGAUUAUACAAGAGGUAAAUUCCAUCGUGUGACACUUCCUAACACUCAAUCAAAACCAAAAAUUGUUGCCCUUGGAUCCCAACAUUCAAUUAUUGUAACUGAGAAAAAUGAGUUUUAUUGUUCUGGAUCUAAUAUGAAUUAUCAAUUGGGUUUUCAGACAUCAUGUGGAAAACAAAUCCAUUUUGUAAAGCCAAAGAAUAUUCCUUUCAAUGGAAAGAGAAUUGAACAAGUGGCUUGUGGAGCUGAUUUUACAUUUGUAUUAACGGAGGGAAAUCUUUUGUUUGGAUGUGGAAAUGGUGUGAGUGGAUCGCUUGGAAUUGGAUCUAGUGAGAGAAUUAACUUUUUCACCAGAAUUUCCAUUCCAUUCAAAAUCAAACACUUAUCAUGUGGUGAGGAUUUUACAAUUAUCAUGGCUACCAAUGGUAUGUGUUUCAGGAGUGGAAAUAACAAACUUGGCCAAAUUGGAUUGAAAAACACACCAACCCAUCCUGUGGAAAAGGUUUGCAAAUUUGAACCACUCUAUGUGGACGAUGGAAUUGAGGACAUAGUAUGCGGUGUAGCCCAUACUUUCCUCUACAAGUCAUCAGAAUCUUGCUUUAAUAGAUAUCUCCCUUACUAUUCAGAUAUUAAUCCACUCAAUUGCCAACAAGCCCCAUUUUGGGAUGUAAUUUUAUGCUAA